CAGCGCUGCACAGCCGGCCUCGGGGGCCCGGCUCGGUGGUCCCCCAUGACUACAUGCUGUCACUUUACAAGAGUCUGUCGGAGACUGAGAGGAGAGGGAGGAACAGCAGCUUACUCCGGGCUCGCAGCCGUGCUAAUACUGUCACCAGCUUCGUGGAGCAGGGCAACGACGGAAUCUCCGUGGGUAAGAAACAGAGAUACCUGUUUGACAUCUCCAAGCUGCAGGACAGCGACGAGCUGGUGGGAGCUGAGCUGAGGAUUUUCCGGACAUUGCCGGCGGACCUGCAGGAGGCGCUAUCCCGGGGAGGGAGCGUCUAUCGGAUGUUGCUGUAUCCGUGUGUGGAGCCGGGCAAUCAGAGCCCGGGCAGGGUGGAUUCGCGGACAGUUGACAUCCUGGACAACGAUUCAUCCGAGUGGCAAGUGUUCGACGUGUGGGCAUUACUGAAAAGCCACAUCAGUGCGAGCGUGCUGUGUUUAGAUGUGGAAAUGAUUUCCGAAUACUCCCAGGAGGUUUUAGACCCCAGACUGCUGGGAUUUAAUCGCUCUGAUCUGCAGCCCCAGGAGAAAGCGCUUCUUGUGGCGUUCAGCAACACCAGGAAAAGGGAAACCCUCUUCCGGGAGAUCAGAGAUAAGAUCAAGUCACUGGGUGGAUCGUUCUCGCUACGAGUCGGCAAUGAACCCAGUGUCAAGCGCCGGAGGAAAAGGAGAACUGCGUUUACGAGCAGGCCCAGCAGAGGAAGUGGGAGAAAAGUCAAAUCGAGAUGCAGCCGGAAACCGCUUCACGUUAAUUUCAAGGAGCUGGGCUGGGAUGAUUGGAUCAUCGCGCCUUUGGAUUACGAGGCGUACCAUUGCGAAGGGAUCUGUGAUUUCCCACUCAGAUCCCACCUGGAGCCCACUAACCACGCCAUCAUACAAACGCUGAUGAACUCCAUGGAGCCGGACUCCACGCCACCCAGUUGCUGUGUUCCAUCCAAACUCAGCGCCAUCAGCAUUCUCUACAUUGACUCGGGCAACAAUGUGGUCUAUAAACAGUACGAGGACAUGGCGGUGGAAGCGUGUGGCUGCAGGUAGCGCCCGGCCGAAUGGUCGACGAGAGGCCAGGGGCAUCCCGAAGCGGAUUGGACACGAAGCUGAGCGCUGCUGGGGGCUGACUAACGCUCAGAGGCGCCGGGUUGCAGUGAGGCGCUGGGAGGCAGGUUCGCCUCCAGACCUAGGGGGAAUGCAGACUGGGUGUAUGUCUGUGUGUCUGUGUGUGUGAGGGGAGCCUGUAGCAAUAACAGAGAAAGACACAUGUCCCCCUGUUCCCCCAGCAUGUGGCGGAUUGGAUUAUAAGUCACAUAUCAACACACAGACACACAGGGCCCAUUUGAAAUGGGGCGAAAGACUGACUCCAAUGUAGCAGUUGAUGCUCAGAAAUGUUAAACAAAGUCCUCUGGGGACGGCGCUGACAGGUUGGGAAGUUCACUUAAAUGCAAAAUCCACUCCAUCUGCUCUCUGUAGCGUGACUUAGCGCCCACUUUCAGUCAUUAUUUGCAAUUUGAUCACUGAAUUGCCCCAGCGGGGGCAUCCCUUUAGCGGACGGUCUGGUUUUGAUCAUUACUAACAUGUGCUAACAAACGGGAGGCAGCUGCGAGCGGAAGACCCAGACUGCGAGCAUUGAACAGCUUUAUCCUUGCGGAGACCACAUCUUUCCAUCUCACAGAUUAACAUUUAACCAAUCUAUUUGGGAAUUAUCAACAUCGCAAUCGCACCCCCAACCCUUCCCAUCCAUCUAAACGAAAACUAGAUUUAAUAAAUUAGCACCUGAAUUCAGAGAGCCGCGCUGUUCUGUUGAAUUACAAUUCAGUGAUUCAUAGGUUGUGAAAAGAAAAUUACCUCGUGGACAAUUCUAAAUUCGGUCUGCACAUUGUAGGAGUGAAUAUCACAGAAAAGUGGUACCAAUGUUCAAUUUCGGGGGUAGAAAGGGUUUCUUUGAAUGAAGUGUUAAUGGAUACGCUCUUUCUGUAUUCGCUGACAUGUUGUGGCCGUCAUGCCCACAUUUAUUACCCAUGGCGACUGUCAUAGAGACAGUAGUGUUGAGCUGCUCUCGUAAUCCGUCCGCAGUUCGGCGCUAGGUACGCCCACAGUGCUGUUAGGAUGGACAUUUCAGGAUUUUGACCCCGUCACAGUGAAGAAACAGCGGGAUGUUGAGUGGUUUGGAGGGGUACUUGCAGGGGGUGGGGCAUGCUCCCAUAUAUCUGCUACCCUUGCCAUGUUUAGGCGAUAGAGGUUGGAGAUUUGGAAGGUGUGCUAAAGUAACCUCAAAAAAGUUGCUUCACAGCCUCUUGGAGUUGGCACACGGUGCUGCCUGU